CAACCGCUGGGGCGUCGGCCGCGAGCUUUCAAACGGAACCGCGUUUGAAACGGCCACCGACUGCUUUUCAACCACACAGCCAGCAAAAGGAAGCUUUUGUAAAAGUCAACGUUUGUAUAUUGUGAAUACUGGUAAUGGCAGACAACACAGCCUUCUGGACUCUCGUUCUUUGCUGCAGAGAAUAAUGUCAAUCCCCUUGAAGGUUGCUAAAUACUCUGGACCAGAUGAACUCGAUCCCAUUGAAGGAGUUCUUUCCACAGGAUAAUUUAAUUAUUCUUCUGGAAAUAAUCAACAGCUCAAAUGAAACAUUACAUGAAAUAACUUUGAGUCGAGCUUGUUAAAAUCUGUUACAUCAUGGGUCGACUUACAGUGGAUCUAAUCGCUAAAAGUAGUAUCCAUGUAAAGAACAGAAGAGAUGAACCAUUGGAACAAUACCUAAAAAGAUUGACUCAUCUAAAUUUUUCAAACAAGAAUAUUGAUGAAAUUGAUGACCUCCCAGUAUGCAAGAGCCUGUCUGUUUUAUAUUUGUAUGACAACAACAUCAUACAGAUUCAUAAUUUAGAUUUUGCAAUUAAUCUCACUCAUCUGUACCUGCAGAACAACAAUAUAACACACAUUGCAAAUCUCUCCUUGCUACAAAACCUCACUAAAUUGUAUCUAGGUGGCAAUUGCAUUUCUGUAGUGGAAGAGUUGGAAGGAUUAACAGAGCUUCGAGAAUUGCAUGUAGAGAACCAGCGCCUUCCUCUUGGAGAGAAACUGCUGUUCGAUCCUAGGACUCUCCAAUCUCUAAAAAAAUCCUUGUGUGUUUUGAACAUCAAGAAGAAUAAUAUUGAUGAGAUCAAAGAAUUGGCUUGUCUUGGGAACUUGAAUCAGCUUAUGGCUGAAGACAAUCAUAUUCAAGAUAUAAAGGAACUGGAAUAUGUCUUGAGCCAAUGGCAAAAACUCUGGUAUCUGAACCUGAGUGGAAAUCCUGUCUGCCAGAAAGCAAAAUACAGGGAUAAAAUAAUGGUGUUGUCUACAAGCCUAGAGGUCCUUGAUGGAAAAGAGAUAAAUAAUACAGUCAGACAAUUUUUAAUAAACUGGAAAGCUUUCCGAGAAGCCAAGAAGAAAAUUGCCAUGGAAAAGCCGGAGGAGCAGGCUACACAACAGACAUUAGAUCAUCCACAAGUAAUUCGGAACCAUGCACUUAGAAGCUAUACAACUCCUGGUAUUCGUAGAUUCAGGAAACCUGUUGAUCAUCUUAUGAAGACUUCCAGCUUGUCAUACUCUAGAGAUGAUGGAAAAAGUGUUUUACCACCAGUACUUGAAUCUAAGGGCAUGGGUGAUGGUGUGGAAAGAAUCGGGACACAACCAGUCAGAUUUUUGUUGAUGCCUUCUCACAUGGCGACUAAGGUAACGCCCUCCAUACCAGGCAACAUCUUGAAUCAAGGUUUAAGGAAAACUUCCUCCUUUGCCUCAGAGCAGAAUAUUGCUGAACCUCAGGCCUAACAUCACUGACGCUGCCAACUGAGAUCGAAGGUCCAAACAAUAUAGUCACCAUUCACUGAUGUUGGAACCGCAUUAGUCAUAUUUUGUUUUACUUUGAAAGAUACGAAUGUGAUUAUUUACUCAAAUUUAUUUCAUUAAAUGUGCUGUCCAAGUAUUUUGUCGUUUUUUAAAAAAAUAAUAUUUAAGUUUGGCAAAUUCAUAAAAAAACUAAACCGUUUAGUAGCAAAAAUAGCCACAUGUUGUGAACUGAUUUUCAGGUUGUAGUCAAAAAGUUCACCAUGUUUUUACUUCACUUUCUUGUGUUCGGUAAUCUUAAAAUUAUGUCUCAAUACAAUUCUUGUUAUGGCUUACAAUGAUGCUCAGCGCCCGAUGACGGCACAAGAUGAGCGAUUAUAUAUUUUGCCGCACUUGUCCACCCUUCUGCGGAGUUCACGUUAUCUUGUCUAAACUGAGCUGCCGCCUGCAAAACCAUUACUUUCGGAUUUACCUGAUUACUGAAUCUUUGCUUCAGUUUGUGUUUUUAAGUAUUUUUCAGUCCAUACGUGUAAAUAUUAGAGUAUCGGAAACAUCACCAACUUUAAAUGUAAAGUAUAAAUGCAGAAAUGUACACUGGAACUUAUUCUUCUAACCCUUAAAUAACGCAGUGUGGUCCCGACCAAAAUGUCGGUUUUCCUGCUCCCUUGAUGCUGCCUGGCCUGCUGUGUUCCUCCAGCUCCACGCUGUUUAAUCUCAGACUCCAGCAUCGGCAGUUCUUAAGAUCUCAUUCUUUCCUUUCCUCGCCGCUAUUAUUGUCACGUGAGCAAUCGUUUAUCUCUAUUUAAACUAAAUGGGUCAACUCAAUAACAAACAAUUUAGCAUUGACUGCGCUUAAGAAAAAUGAAAUGUUAAAAUAAUCAGGACUAUUUUGGCUCCGUUGCACAACACAGAACAGAUUUACUUGCAUUCAGUCAGUGUUUUAAAGCGUUGUCUAAACUAUCAAAAAGUCUUUGCACGAACUAAAUUUUAAAGCUUUUGUCAGUGUUGGGUGGAGAGUAAUUUAAGAGAUUGGAUUUUUGGGGGCAUUUUAUAAGGACAUUUUAUCGUUUAAAUUCAAUUUUUAAAUCCAUCAUUGGUAUCUUCAAUAUAACAUUUUAUGAUAAACGCCCGCUUUAUUCCUGUGAAUAAAUACUAAAGGGAAACAGGCAAUGCAUCCUAUUUCAAUGAUGGAUCAUACAGCAGUAAAACAAAGCUAUUUCUCAGUAAAAUGUAAACUUAUUUAGUGAAUUAACCAUGUUCUAGAUUUUUAAAAGAGCAUAUAAAUAGUUUUCAUCAAUUUAAUAUAAACCAUAACACGAUUUUUAUGGACGAUGUGUCAUGACAUUGCAUUACCCGAUGUGAGCUGAACAGCUCCCAGUUAAUUUUGUUAUUGAUGAGUUAAAUUAUAUUCGAAUUGGGGAGGAGUAUUGAUUUUUCUCACACUUCUUUCGUAUUUCUGUUUAUAUCGCUAGUUAAGUCUUUGAUAUAAAUGCAGUAAAUGACUGUAAAUAAUGCUAAUAUUGUUCACUAUUAGCACCAGUUUCUUUUCGUUAAAUAUAAAAUAUCACGCAUAUGCUAGAAAAGCUGCUAUUACAUGUGGUAUGGAAUAUGUUAACCCGUAACCCUGUGUAACUUUUAUCUGCUAGAACGUUUCUUUCGAAAACUUGAAAAUAGUGAUUUGAUCAUUUCAGUUACUUUAAAAAUUCAUGCCAUGAACGAAUCUCCAGUUGUGCAUAAUUGGUAAUAUACCAUUUCUUUAAUCGAUUAUUUUACGUAUUAUUUCAUCUAAUUUUAUGUUUAUGCAACUUAUUUAUGAUUAUUACCUUUGAAUAAUUUGGGUGUCGUUUGUUUGCGAUCCUCCUCCGGCACCGGUACUCUCUGGACUCGAGAAAAGCGCAGGAUCUGAGAUGUUCCAGUUCUUCGGAAACUGUUGGGACUCUCUGACGGACUGUUUAAAAUUUGCAUAUUGAACUGUUACCCCGGAUAAACCAGGUCGCUAAAUAAAAAUGUGUCCAUUA